AUGGGAUUGCCAACCGCAACUUGGUUGUUGCUGUUGUCCUCUGUGCUUGCUGGUGGGGAGACGAAUCAUAAGAUCCCAUUUCUCCGAGGUCAGCAGGACGAGCAACAAGCAGCUACGAAAACCGAACGAAAGCUGAAAAUUGACAACCGCAUCGUUGGAGGUUCUGCUGCUCCUUUGGACAAGAUUCCUAGUCAUGUUCAAUGGAAAUUGGGCUGUGGCGGGAGUUUAUUCCAUGAUGACUUGGUGUUGACAGCAGCACACUGCUUCAACAACGCCCCGGUCGCCCUCAAUUGGCCUGUCUAUGUUGGUGGGAACGGAACCUCCGAAUCCGGUACCGAAAUGUAUGCCGAAGCAGGCUAUAGACACCCUCUUUAUAAUCCAAGCAAUAUACAAGCCUAUGAUUUUGCUGUUUUGCAGCUGCCCCAACAAGUCACGGGCAUCGAGUUCAUGUCCCUCAACACAGAUCGGGAUUAUCCAGUCAAUGGACAAGAAUUGACAGUCAUGGGGUUUGGAUUGCUGAAUGAAACUGAUACCAUUGUGGAUGCCCCAAAUGACAUGCAUGAAGUCACUGUGCCCAUGAUUGGUGAUUGUGUGCCUUACUACACUUCAGACCGAAUCAACGAAGAAAUUGUCUUUUGUGCUGGAGAUAUGCCAGGAGGAGGGAAAGAUGCUUGCCUGGGCGACUCAGGUGGUCCCAUUGUUGAUGCUUACGGAACACAAGUCGGUUUGGUUAGUUGGGGGAUUGGAUGUGCCCAAGAAUAUCGACCAGGAGUCUAUGCUCGGGUAUCUGCCAUUUCACAGUGGUUGGAAUUCCUCAAAUGUGAUGUCAGCAUGUAUCCUCCAGCAGGCUGCACACGGUUAGAUGUCAACAUGACCUAUGAUGACUAUCCGGAGGAGACAGGCUUUCGCGUUAUCGAUGAUAAUCAUCCACAGCGACAGGGAAUGAUCUUUGAAUUACCUGAAAGGAUGGACAUUCCCCAAAGAGCAACAAUCCACUAUUCCUAUCAGCUUCCUAUUGGGAACUAUACCUUUGUCUAUGCAGACACCAGUUUAGAUGGGAGCUGUUGUGACUUUGGUGAUGGACGUGCCAUCAUUACCAAUGAAGGCAAGGGUGUCAAUGUGAGUGGUGAUUUCUCAUCCUAUGGACAGCAAGCCGCUAUCGAAAUACCAUUGCCGUAUGUGGGAUUCCGGGGAGCCUGGAUUCAUGAUGGAUCGGAUCAUUACACCGGCACUUCAGUACAGCAACGUAGUGACAAAUUGAUGUUUGGAAUCCAAUUGGUCAUCAUGUAUGAUCUCGAAAGAGUCCAUGACAUUACAUGGAAGCUCUACAUUGUCAAUGAGUUGGGUGGGGGAGAACUCAUAUUGUUGCGACACGACGCUCCUGAUCCUGCCCGUGUCUUGGAUUCCUACAACCGACAGAGUUUUGUCGUUCAAGAUCUUCCUGAAGGAUCGUAUGAAUUCCACAUGGAAGAUGCCUCCGGGAGGGGCUUUGCUCGAGGUGUUGGUUUUGCCAGAAUCACAUUACUGGACAACCCAACGGGUGUGUUUUUGGGUCGUCUCUUUCAUAUUCCAGCUGCAGACAUUGAACCACUCACGGUUGCCAGAUUUGGCCUUGGCGGGUGA